AUGUUGAACCUUCGUCGACCCCCAGUCGACGCUCCGUCCUCCAUGGCCCCUCCGGCUUCCUUCGCAGCUUCAAUUGCAGAAAACCCCGGCGAGGUGGACAACACGGCUUCAACUACAACCACCUCUCAAGAAACUACCAAAGCACCGGCCGACACCGCCGCCAAGCCGCAGCAAAAGAAUAAUGCAGGAACUACGAAUCCAGGAACAGGAACCGCUCUCGGUGAGCAAGUGAUGCGGAAGGUGUUGCAAGAUUUGAUCGCCCAGAAAGAUUAUAAAUUGCAAAAGCAACGGACUAGUAGUACUUCUACUUGCAUUACAAAUUACCUCAGCAUGACAAAUGGAAUUUGUAAUCCUGUUUUACCUUGGGAUGAAGAUUUGUAAUGCAUAAUCGCAAUUACUACGAGUACGAUGCUUUUGCACAGGAUACAGAUAAACUCGAACGGAAUAUCGAGAUAUUGACCGAGUUUCUCACCGCCCCGAAUAUGCCGGGGUUGACCGGAAAUUUACUCGACGCGGAGGGGUUCCCACGCGCGGAUAUUGACCUGUAUCAAGUUAGAGACUAUGAAUUGCAAAUAUGUCUGGUCCGGGAAGGAUUCAACUUGUGAUGUUGUCUUUGGGUUCUAAAAAAAUCUGUAUUGCAUGACCAUGCAUUUCUCAUGCGGAAUACAUAGGCAUCGCAAAGGCAAAGCCCUCUAAAAAUCUGUGAUGCUAGGCCAGGUAGUACCGGCUUUGUCGGUUAUGCAGAACAUGCAUUACAAACCUGGCAGUCUUGUUCCAGACCCAGACCUAUUUGCAGUUGAUAGAGACGCGCGGAACAAAAUCGCGUGCUACCAGAACGACCACAAGGCUGUGAUGCGGAAAAUCGACCAGUCGUUGCAGUCCCUGCACGCGCUCUCCCGUGUUUCGGUGCCGAUAGCAAACUCUACCUCUUUUGCGUCGGGCUUGUCCAGCAAUAAUAAUGUUGCCGGAAGUUCAAACAAACUGAAACUUCGCAGCGGCCCGCCCUUCGCGGUGAUUGACAAGGUUUUCCCCGGGUCCCCGGCGGAAGAAGCGGGCGUUCUCCCUGGUGACUUAGUGAAACGGUUCGGAACUGUUACGCUCGGCCAGCCGAAAACGCUGACGGUCGCCGACUGCUUCCGGGAAAUCAAAACGCAGGUGGUCGCCGGACAGGCCGUGGUGUUGUUGGUCGAACGGGAUAUCAUGGAGCGGAAAGAGGCAGAUGCUUCGUCGGGUGGUAAUGAGCUGGCCAGCUUGAAUCUGAUGACCAAUGGGCCACAACUCCUACUAGGGACGAGAAAUAAUGGCGCACUAAGCAGUAAUCCGACAAGUGCUAAUCAACAUCUCAUCGCAGCACCGAUGCUGGACGCUGCUGCGGCGACCACGAACACAAACACAACGGCACAAGAACUACAGCAACCAGUGCUUGCAACCGUGCAGACAACUAAUGCUCUCAGCGGGAGAGAGGAAAGAGAAUUGGAGUUGAUUCCGCGUUAUCAAAUGCAAAAAUGUCUGGGUCUGGAAACUUGUAAUGCUAAAAGUGGAUGAUAGCCGGAUUGCAAUACGCAGCCAAGCAUGAAAAAUUUUUGAGCUGCUAUGUGUUGCGUAUUCCGCAUGAAAAACAACGUUUUUACAUGACAGAUAGGAGAGCCACUUCGUGCCCAUGCAUCACAGAUGCUCGAGUCAUGUCAGACAUGCAUGACAAAUGUAAGAAUCUUCCAGACCCAGACAUAUUUGCAAUGCAUACACGUUCCUGGAGUGGAACUGGGUUGCUUGGAUGCCACAUCGUGCCACUUGAUGCGUGAAAAGGAGAAGAAAACACAAUACUGAACCAUAACUGGCUGGAAAAUACAAAAAUGAACAAAAAGACCUCAUAUUCUCAAACAAACGAUGAGAAAACGGCUGGUCUGAAAGAGAAUCAUAAGAAUACACGCUGGAUCAUAAGCACUUCGAUGUUGUUCCACUCCUCAUGAUAUCGAUUUUCCAAAAUCAAAUAUUUAUCAACACAAGAAAAUUGAG